AUGGAAGAAACCGAGAAUCGAGAAGACGACCUCGACCAUAAGUGGGAGCAACUCUGGCCGUUGGAAACUCAAGCAAACGCGUUCUCGACGGGAAAACCCAUGGAGGAAACGGACGAAAAUGCCUCGUGGGAAAAGUAUUGGUCCUUAGAGCAAGACGACGUAGAAGAAUUUACCAAGGCGGAAAGUGAAGUACAGUCAAUGGAAGUCAGAAAGGUGCUGGAAAAUUUUGUCAACACCAUAGAGAAGAAAGACGACGGCUAUUAUCUACGCCUACCUUGGAAGGAAAUUCCAAUGAAACUACCCGAUAAUAGAGCCAUCGCGUUAAGAAAGCUUAUAAGCGUAUGGACCUCGCUUCAACGGGAUAAGGACCUCCUGGAGAAAUAUAAUAACAUUUUCCAGGAACAACUGCGCUCGAAUGUCAUAGAGGAAGUAAUAGAUGAGAAAGAGCCAGUCGAGGGCAAAAUACGUUACCUUCCUCAUCAAGCGGUGUUGACACCGCAAAAGAAUACGACGAAAAUACGAAUAGUAUUCGACGCAUAA